AUGGACAUCCGAUCCGGAUCAGUCAACCAGUGGAUCACCGCAAUCAAAAACCUCCUCGGAGGAGGUGCUGGCCAGCUCAUCGAACAUAUUCUCGGCACGGCUGCCUACGGUCAGCGUCCAAUUCACAUCGAUCUCGGUCAAGGGCCCGAUGGCCCCUCCCUUGGUGGCGUUGCCAUUGAUCUUCAGCGAGGCGUUGUUAUGCCGGUUGGCCCACAAGGCUUGGUAGGCCAAACUAACCAGCCUCCCCCAGCUAGCCGACUUGAUCGGCAUCUCGCCGAUUGA